AUGGACUCGACGCAAUUCGACAGCUUUCUUCGUGGUGAUCGUAUAUCCCUAGCGGAUUCCAAGUCGACGUCACUGGAGUACGCGCAGCAUCUCGACAGUAUCGAUCCCCUGCGACGCUUCCGUGACGAGUUCCUAAUUCCCUCGAAGUCGGACUUGAAGGACCCGCACCCGGAGGCGAAGCCUGUCUUGGAGCAGAAUGACGCCUCGGAUCCAUGUAUUUACCUCUGCGGAAACUCACUCGGGCUGCAACCCCGCCGCACACGCACCCUCCUCAACGAGGAGCUGAGUAUCUGGGCCACCCGCGGGGUAACCGGUCACUUCAACCAUCCACAAUCCAUGCCGUGGGUCUCGGCCUCGGAGACGGUCAGCGUGUCCAUGGCGAAAAUCGUCGGCGCCCUGCCAAGCGAGGUGGCAGUGAUGGGCUCGCUCACCGAGAACAUCCACCUGCUGCUUGCGAGUUUCUACAAGCCUUCAGGAUCGCGGACAAAAAUCGUCAUCGAGGGCAAAGCCUUCCCAUCCGACCACUACGCAGUAGAGUCGCAAAUAUCCUGGCACGGGCUGGAUCCGGCAAAGCACCUCGUGUGCAUCCACCCCAAAGCCGGCGACGGCGAGUACACCAUCUCAACAGCGCACAUCCUCCGCACGAUCGACGAGCACCACGACACGGCGGCACUCCUCUUCCUCAGCGGCGUGCAGUACUACACCGGGCAGGCGUUCGACAUCAAGACGAUCACGGCGCACGCACAGGCGCGGGGCAUAACCGUCGGCUGGGAUUUUGCCCACGCCGUUGGCAACAUCCCGCUCGAGCUGCACGAGUGGGGCAUCGACUUUGCCGCCUGGUGCACGUACAAAUACCUCUCGUCUGGUCCCGGCGGCAUGGCAGGGAUCUUCGUACACGACAAGCACGCCGCCGGCGGACGACACAGGCUCGCCGGCUGGUGGGGCCAUAAUCCGGAAAGCAGAUUCAAGAUGGACAACAACUUCGUCCCGACGCCGGGCGCAGCGGGCUACCAAGUCUCAAACCCCAGCAUAAUGUCGCUCACCGCGCUCCGCGCCUCACUAUCAGUGUUCACAGAGACGUCGAUGAGCAGUCUGCGCACGAAAUCUGUGCACCUAACCAACUACCUCGAGCACCUUCUACAGACCACCUUCUCCUCCCCCACCACACCCAGCCCAUUCAAGAUUAUCACGCCCGGCGACCCGCAGCAGCGCGGCGCACAGCUCAGCCUGCUGUUCGGAGAGGGCCUCAUGCUGCCGGUUUAUGAGCUUCUGCAUAGCCAGGGCAUCGUCGUCGACGAAAGGAAGCCGAACGUUAUCCGUGUAGCCCCGCUGCCGAUGUACAAUACGUUCGAGGAGUGCUGGAGGUUCGUGCAGGCGCUGAAGAGCGCGUUGGAGUCGGUGGGGGAACCGAAGGAAACGGAGAUAAAAGUGUAUGUCGCCAUAGUCUAG